UGUCCUGAACGGCUCCGCCAGCGCAUUCUUUCGCAAACCGGAAUAACGUAGAGCUGACAGUUCAAACCACAGCCACAGACGCGGCGUCAGACGGGGGGUUUACAGCUACACUACCUCUCUUUCAGUCCCGAGCAACUCAACGUCUCUCGGUCUCACCACAGGCGGAACCGUGUCGUUUUCGCGGACUAAAGGGAGACUUUCAGCGGGACGGAAGGGAAGAGAACCAGGCAUCCGGUUAGACGCGCUGGCUCACCGGGCUGGAGUCCAACUUGAGCCGGACACUUUCAGCUGUCCUCGUCGGGAUGCGUGCUGGACUUGUUUUUAACAAUAUUUACCCCUCUUUUUGAAUUGUAUGCGUUAUCUAGGAAUCUUAGGCUCGCGCGGGAUUGUUUUUGUUAGUAACGUUAGUUGUCUAAUAUAAGAAAGCUGGAGCGCUAGAUAACGCUCAGAUGUGAUUUAUCUACUUCAGCUGGCUGGGCAGAUAGUUUAGGUUGUCGAUUAGAUAAGUCGCCUAAAUAGAUUGCUUACAUAAUACCUUUGUUUUGUUACCGGUAUAGUUGCAUUUUUAAGUUAAUCCAGCUUUCUUCCCUUCUCUUUGCCAAGUCUCUCAAAGGUUUUGGUUUGUAUGUCUAUGCAUAUUUCUCGCAAGCAAACCUGUCAGGGUUCUUGACUGGUCAGGUCUUGGUGCCAGUAUAAUAGUAGCUUUAUAAAGGCAGGAAAAACCACAGAACCGAUUUGCCUAAUCUAAUUUCAAGCUGGUCUGUCAGUGCUUCCCAUAUCCAGUUUGUUUUCUUUUAAAAGGUCUGUAUUGGUGAGGCUCAAGCUGGCUGACAGGUGAUAUUUUCUGCCUGAAUCCUCUGAGCUGGCCUGACUGAUAGCUAUGACAUUUUCCAACAGUUGUUUUGUAUCUUCAGACUUCAAUAUUUCCAGUAUCUGCUCUUGGUGCCAACGUUGCAUUAGUAAUAUUAGCUAACAAAAGCUCAGUUCGCCCCUCCAAAUUAGUUACGGCAUAUCUAGUUGUGACAUUUUUACUAGUUGGGUCAAGUUUUCCUUCCUUUUUUUGCUAAAAGUGUAUGAAUUAGUGCCAGUUGACUUGGUGGCUGGUUCGAAACGUAUCAAACUCAACAGUUUGUAUCGAGUUAGUGUACUUUUGUAAAAUCGUGGAAAGACACACCUUUGCAGCGAGACCAGGUCAAGUUUAGCAGUCAUUUUUCGUAUCUCAGAGGUGAAUAAAAAUGUCAGGACAGUCCAUCACAGAUCGCAUCGCAGCGGCCCAGCACAGCAUGACUGGGUCAGCCAUCAGCAAAGCCGUCUGCAAGGCCACAACGCAUGAGGUCAGUGGACCCAAAAAGAAACACCUCGAUUACUUGAUCUACUGCACCAAUGAGAUGAAUGUGAACGUGCCCCAGCUGGCCGACACUCUGUUUGAAAGAACCACCAACAGCAGCUGGGUUGUGGUCUUCAAAGCGCUCAUCACCACACACCACAUAAUGAUGUAUGGAAAUGAGCGUUUCAUUCAGUAUCUGGCCUCAAGAAACACGCUCUUCAAUUUGAACAAUUUCCUUGAUAAAGGUGCAUUGCAAGGCUAUGACAUGUCCACAUUCAUCAGGCGGUACAGCAGAUAUCUCAAUGAGAAAGCCCUUUCCUAUAGGCUGGUGGCUGUGGACUUCACCAAGAUGAAGAGAGGUAUUGAUGGAGUCAUGCGCACCAUGAACACGGAGAAGCUGAUCAAAACCUUGCCUAUCAUUCAAAACCAACUGGACGCGCUGCUGGAUUUCCAGGCUAACCCUAAUGAGCUGACUAACGGAGUGAUCAACGCUGCCUUCAUGCUGCUCUUCAAAGACUCCAUCCGUCUGUUUGCUGCCUAUAAUGAGGGCGUCAUUAACCUGCUGGAGAAAUACUUUGAUAUGAAAAAAAACCAGUGUAAAGAUGCCCUGGACAUCUAUAAGAAGUUUCUGUACAGGAUGACCAAGCUGUCAGAGUUUCUUAAAGUGGCUGAGCAAGUUGGGAUUGAUCAGGGUGACAUCCCAGAUCUCACUCAGACGACUAGAGGAUCUUACCUUGCUCCCAGCAGUCUCCUGGAGGCUCUUGAGCAGCACCUGGCCUCUCUGGAGGGCAAGAAAACCAAGGAGCUCUCCGCCGACAACAGAGCCAACACUCUGUCCAAUGCGGUGUCGUCCCUCUCCAACACGGGCAUGUCCUUCUCCUUCUCAUCCAGCAGGAUGGACGAGAAGGAGAAACAACAGGCCCUGGAGGAGGAGCAAGCCCGUCUGCAAGCUCUCAAGAACCAGCGUCUGAAGGAGAUGAGCAUGCAGACCCCCUCUGCCUCUCCCAGCACACAGUCUAUGGGUAGUGCCAACAACCACACUGUGGGCAUGGACCUGUUCACCAACACCACAAGCCCACCCUCAACAAACAGCAUGCCAAACCUCAACAGUGACUUGUUUGACCUUCAUCCUGCCUUCGUUCCUGCUGUGCAGAGCACUCCUAUAUCCACCGCCAGCAGUGCCUGGGGAGGUCUAGACAGCAGCACUCUUCAUCCCAUGGCUUCCAUGCCCACCAUGAAUGUAGAUUUUGAUGCUGUAUUUGGGACUAAAGCUUCCAAUAGUGAUGUGAAGCCAUCAGCUGGUUAUGAUGCGUUAGGAGACUUGUUGAAGCCCACGGUGACGGUUCACACUCAGGCGCCAGUCAUGGCUCCUCAUACAGGCAGUAAACUGUUGGCCAGUGACCUGGAUUCGUCCCUGGCCAACCUCGUAGGCAACCUGCAGUUUGGGGGAACACCAGGCAAAAAGUCUUAUAUGCAGUGGACUCAACCUGGAGAGAAGAAGCUGACCGGUGGCACUAACUGGCAGUCAAAGACAAUGAGCAGCACCACUGCCUGGAGCCCCGCCCCCUUGCCACCUGCUGCCAUGCCACCUGCCGCCAUGCCCGUGCCACACAUUACUGGAAUGUUCUAUACUAGUUAUGCUCCUGCUCCCAUGGCGUUUCCCAUGACAACACCUCAAGUGCCUGUGUAUGGAAUGGUUCCUCCUCAGCUGGGACAGAUGGGAGGGGUUCCAGUAAUGACCCAACAGCCCAUGUUGUACAACCAGCCUGUUCUCAGACCCACUAACCCUUUCACCCCCAUCCCUGGAGCCCAGAUGCAGUUCAUGUAAGUAGCACUUAAGCAGAGUGCCAAACAGGAUGGCUGAAAAGAACAAGCUAGUGAGAGGAGGAUCCAACUACCACCAAAUAAAAGGAGAUCGAGAUAAAAAGAAAGAGCGUGCAUAUGGAGAGGAAUGUGUUUGUGGCAAGAAUGCUUACCUCACUGUCUGAAACGGCUCACCCAACACACACACCCCAGACGAGAGCGCAUACAGUGUGUCAUUUUUCAUCUCUUGAGGUUCAUUUGUUUCCUGGGGCACGAUGUCUAGUGGCAGGUGUGAUGCAUCAUAGAAAUUGUGGAUUUUAUUGCAGAUAUUAAAUUACCAUGUACAGAGCACUCUUCUUUUCUUUUUUUUUCUCUUCAUAAUUAAUAUGAAUUAGAUAUAAAGCCCAACACAGUGGACUUCCUGUUACUGUCAUCUUUUGCUCUGUUACGAAGAUGCCCAUGCUGAGUUCAGGAAAACUCAAAUGUCAAAAUAAAUCCCCUGAAUAGUGCAGCUUACUAGAUCAUAAACAUGUUUAAAUGGCUCAUUAACACAAUGUCCCGGCUUCUCAUUUCAGAACAAGGAAAGUAUUUGACUCCUUAUAUAAGGUGCUCUGCACCCCCAAGCACUUUACACAUGCAUUUAUGUGUAACAUAAUAUAUAACAUUGAGCUGGUCUCUUAUAUCUACUACGUUAGUCAUCUAAUGCUAACAAUUAACAUGUUACUGUUACUGAUGGCUACUGUUCAAAAUGAUCAGUCAAUCCUUAUUUGUUUAUACUGGUUUAAGGGUUUCCGUUUCAGAUGUGAUGGUGGUCUUGCACAUACAUAUGCACACAUUGGUGUUACGUGAGCCACAUGAAGAGCCCCCUCUCACUGGCCUCCCACCUUGUUUUGUCACUCCAAGGACACUGAUUAACAUACCUGCUCCUGCUCUUCUGUGAUAACCAAACAUGUCAUGCAUUUACGACUACAUCUCACACUCUGAGCCCACUCCCCCAUGUACCACCCACCCUGGGAGAGGAUGACCGGAAAGCAUUGGAGAAGGGUACAGGGCAUGUGACCCUAUUCAAAAAUCUGUUUUUAAUGAGGGUUUUGUUUAAUCCUAUGUUUUUUUUAACCCUGAUGUUAUAGACUCCUGCAUGUUAUAUAUAUUUUUUUUUAUUAUUUCAGAAAAUGACAUGAAUCAUGGUCUGUUUUAUGUUGCCAAAUUAUGUACAUUUGUGAUUCGAGAAAUGCCAUAAGCUAGCUCUUGUACUCGGUGCCUGACAGCGCGGUUCUUUCUCUGAAGGACGUGCGUAUGGGUGUUUGCCAACUUUGGAACCAAAAUCAAUAGCUAAAAUCUACUUUUAGUCUGUUUUUGUGCAGUUCCUCGAAAUAUGGGGCACUGUUAACAGGGUAUCUUUAUUUUUGCUUGUGCAGCCAAAGCAUUUUCGGUCCUCCUGAAAUCCCUUUAACCCUUUCUAGAGCAGGUUUCCACUUCAGCCUUCACAUCAGCCAAUAAUUCCUGCUUUGUUUCUUCAUGCUAGAUUUAGUUUUUAUUCUGCAUGGACUGAUGGAACGUUACUAGAGAUAGUAAAGGAGUUCCAAGAAGCUGUGGUUUACAGUGAUUUUAAAAUCUUAGUGAUUUUAGAAUUUGCGCUCCUUGUUGUGCCUAACAAUGCUUGUUAGCUGUAAAAAAAAAAAAUCACUGUAUACUACAGCUUCAUGGAGCUUAUUGCUUUUUUAAAAUGAUCACUACCUAUAGCUGCAAGGUUUCGGAACGUAAACACACAGCAACAAACAUUUAAUAAUUUAUUGGUUACAAAUAAUAAUCCUUCCUCUAAGCAAUGUAGUUCUUCUGCAGUGUUUAGCAGAAUAGUUGCCAAGCAAUGCACAGACUCAGUGGUACAGUAAUACUGAUGUAAUGAGGUCACAGGUACGUGUUUAAAGAGCCGAUCAAGGAAUGGCAUUUUCUAUUUUAUAAGAGAUUUUGUAAGUGUCAUUUUUGUAGUGUCACAUGUUCUAGAGAGUUAUAGUUAUGACAUGUUUAUAACAGUCCAUGUUGUGUCAUCAGAAUGGUUUUAGAUUUAAUGUGUAAAUAAGACACACAUCAUUUAUUUGCACAAGGUUCAGCCCACUUACAAGGAUAAUCCACCCAAAAAUGAAACUUCUGUCAUCAUUUACAUCAUUUAUUCCAAACCGGCAUGUACUUAUUUAUUCUGCUGAACAUAAAAGAAGAUACAUUUUGAAGAAUGCUGAUAACCAAACCGCGUCGGUUCUCUGUGACUUGCAUUGUAUUUUUUGUCCAUGAGAAUCAGAAACGGUUCAGAAAAAUCUUUUUUUGUGUUCCACAGAA